ACACGAGAUGGGUUCUACUUCCAAGUCAGUUGUUGAUAUGAUUGAAGCUUCGUCCAAGGUUCAUUAUUCUGGUUUUCACAUGAACGGUCACAUCAGUGGAGUGGAACCAAGUGCAGCAUUACAGGGAACUACUGACAUUCAAAGGCAGCCUUUUGUGAUUGGUGUUGCUGGAGGCGCAGCAUCGGGGAAGACAUCUGUUUGUGAUAUGAUUAUUCAGCAAUUGCAUGAUCAGCGUGUUGUUCUUGUUAACCAGGACUCGUUCUACCACAGUUUGACUGAAGACGAACUUGCUAGGGUUCAUGAGUACAACUUUGACCAUCCAGACGCAUUUGACACAGACCAUUUGUUGUCCUGUAUGGAGAAACUGAGGCAAGGACAAGCUGUGGAUAUCCCAAAAUACGACUUCAAAACUUACAAAAGCAGCGUUUCAAGAAGGGUAAACCCUUCGGAUGUAAUAUUACUUGAAGGGAUACUUCUAUUCCACGAUCCACGAGUCCGAGGAUUGAUGAACAUGAAGAUCUUUGUGGAUACUGAUGCUGAUGUGCGCUUGGCUAGAAGGAUAAAACGAGAUACUUCUCAAAAUGAUAGAGAUAUUGGCACAGUACUCGAUCAGUACUCAAAGUUUGUGAAGCCUGCUUUUGAUGACUUCAUUCUUCCAACGAAGAAGUAUGCAGACAUCAUCAUUCCUCGUGGCGGGGAUAACCACGUAGCUAUUGACUUAAUCGUGCAGCAUAUCUGCACCAAGCUGGGUCAGCAUGAUCUCUGUAAAAUAUACCCUAAUCUAUAUGUUAUACAGUCAACAUUUCAGAUACGAGGGAUGCACACCCUUAUACGUGAUUCCCAGACAACCAAACAUGAUUUUGUCUUUUAUUCUGAUCGAUUGAUCCGACUGGUUGUAGAGCAUGGUCUUGGUCAUCUGCCUUUUACUGAAAUGCAGGUCAUCACUCCCACCGGAUCUGUAUAUUCUGGUGUGGAUUUCUGUAAACGGUUAUGUGGUGUCUCCGUGAUUAGGAGUGGUGAGAGCAUGGAGAAUGCGUUGCGGGCAUGUUGCAAAGGUAUCAAAAUAGGGAAGAUCCUAAUUCACAGGGAAGGCGACAACGGUCAACAGCUUGUUUAUGAGAAACUUCCUAAUGAUAUCUCGGAAAGGCAUGUCCUCUUGUUGGAUCCUAUCCUCGGCACAGGAAACUCAGCAGUUCAAGCUAUCAAACUUCUUAUAAGCAAAGGUGUUCCUGAGGGAAACAUCAUAUUUCUAAACCUUAUAAGCGCGCCCCAAGGUGUUCAUGUGGUCUGCAAGAAGUUUCCAAGAUUAAAGAUAGUAACAUCAGAGAUUGAACACGGGCUAAACGAAGAGUUCCGUGUCAUUCCCGGCAUGGGUGAGUUCGGAGACCGAUAUUUCGGUACCGACGAUGAUUAGAAGAUCGGUGAUUCAGUUACAGCCAAAUCAUCUUUAAAUCUUCUGGUUUCCCCCAUAUAAAGUAGAACCCUUCAAGCUCUGGAAACAAUUUUGAUUUACUUCAUGAAUACCCGCAGUGAGGGGUUUGAUUGAUCGAACUCAAAACUUGGAACUCAUGUAUCUUACAUAUAUAUUAUGUAUCCUUAAAACUCUUGAUAAAAAAAAUUUCCAUAUCCUUUCAAUACA